GAUCUGGCUAGUGGCUUUGUUACCAUCGAUGCUGAAUAUCUCCAGCAUGUAUGUAUGUGCAUAUGGUGGGUACGUGGGCAUCAUAAAAGGCACCAAAGUGAAGGAGAACGACAGGCGUUACAUGGUCUCAGUGCAGCAGGACAAGCAACAUAUCUGCGGUGGAUUCCUGGUGCAUGCAUCCUUUGUCAUGACUGCAGCCCACUGUAUCAACAAGGGAAUUGAUUUGACAGUUGUGGUUGGGAGUAAUAAUAUUAAAAACCCAAAAAUGGAGUCAAGGAUACCAGUGAAAUACUACCACAUGCAUCCCGGAUACAACAGUACAACACUGCAGAAUGACAUUGCACUUCUACAGCUUGAAGUUGGGCUCAAGAAGUCCAAGUCCAUAGACUGGAUAGACCGUCCACAGAAAGACGCAGACAUCAAGGAUAAAGCAGGUUGUAGUGUGGCUGGCUGGGGCAAAACCUCAAACAACGAGCCCCCAAGUGAUGUUCUUCUGGAGGCUAACGUGAAUAUUGUGAAGAGAGAAAAAUGCAAGAAAUCUUGGAGAAAUCUCACCAAAGAAAUGAUGUGUACAAGCACCGGCUUUUGCCAGGGUGACUCAGGUGGUCCUCUUGUGUGCAACGGCAAAGCUGAAGGUAUUGUGUCUUACAAUGAGCCAAAUAAAUGUGACGAUCCAGAUAAACCAAAUGUCUACACCAGAGUAUCAGCACAUCUGACCUGGAUCAAUGCCAUUCUAAAUAACAUCAACUGAAGAAAUCAAAUGCAUGA